CUGAUGCUCCUCCUCCCGCAGAGAUGGUGUGCUCCUGGUUUGACUAGUCCAACCUUGCAGGGCCGACUUAGUUCUUCCCACAGCCGCACGGGAGCCUUAGACUUACCUAGCUGGAUUCUCUUCCUGCCAUCGCUGCGCCGAGCCAUGCUUUCCCACGUGUGGAGGAGGGCAGGGCUGCGUUGGAAGCACACCUCCUCUCUGAAGGUGGCCAAUGAGCCCAUCUUAGCGUUCACUCAGGGCAGCCCCGAGCGGGAUGCGCUCCAGAAGGCUCUGAGGGACCUGAAGGGCCAGACAGAAGCCAUCCCCUGUGUUGUCGGGGACGAGGAGGUGUGGACGUCUAAUGUGCAAUACCAGCUGUCGCCUUAUAACCACGGACACAAGGUGGCCAAGUUCUGUUAUGCAGACAAGGCCUUGCUCAACAAAGCCAUUGAAGCUGCCUUGGCUGCCAGGAAGGAGUGGGACCUGAAGCCCGUGGCAGACCGGGCCCAGAUCUUCCUGAAGGCAGCAGACAUGCUUAGCGGGCCACGAAGGGCUGAGGUCCUUGCCAAGACCAUGGUGGGACAGGGCAAGACCGUGAUCCAAGCGGAGAUCGAUGCCGCAGCAGAGCUCAUCGACUUCUUUCGGUUCAACGCCAAGUUCGCCACGGAGCUGGAGGGGGAGCAGCCCAUAAGUGUGCCACCCAGCACCAACCGUGUGGUGUACCGGGGGCUGGAGGGCUUCGUGGCGGCUAUCUCCCCCUUCAACUUCACCGCAAUCGGGGGCAACCUGGCGGGUGCACCGGCCUUAAUGGGCAAUGUGGUCCUGUGGAAGCCCAGUGACACUGCCAUGUCGGCUAGCUAUGCCGUCUACCGCAUCCUCCGGGAGGCCGGCUUGCCACCCAACAUAAUCCAGUUUGUGCCGGCUGAUGGGCCAACAUUUGGGGACACAGUCACCAGCUCAGAGCACCUCUGUGGCAUCAACUUCACAGGCAGUGUGCCCACCUUCAAACACCUUUGGAAGCAGGUGGCUCAGAAUCUGGACCGUUUCCGAACCUUCCCACGACUGGCUGGAGAGUGCGGCGGGAAGAAUUUCCAUUUCGUGCACAGCUCGGCCGAUGUGGACAGCGUGGUGAGCGGGACAGUGCGCUCGGCCUUCGAAUAUGCUGGUCAGAAGUGCUCAGCCUGCUCGCGCCUCUACGUGCCUCAGUCUCUGUGGCCACAGAUCAAAGGGCGCCUGCUGGAGGAGCACAGCAGGAUCAAAGUGGGCGAUCCUGCAGAGGACUUUGGGACCUUCUUCUCUGCCGUGAUUGAUGCCAAGGCCUUUGCCCGCAUCAAGAAGUGGCUGGAGCAUGCGCGGUCCUCGCCCAGCCUCAGCGUCCUGGCGGGGGGCCAGUGCAACGAGUCUGUGGGUUACUACGUGGAACCGUGCAUCAUUGAGACCAAGGACCCGCAGGAGCCCAUCAUGAAGGAGGAGAUCUUCGGUCCUGUGCUGACAGUGUAUGUGUACCCUGAUGACAAGUACAGAGAGACUCUGCAGCUAGUCGACAGCACUACCAGCUAUGGCCUCACGGGGGCAGUGUUCGCUCAGGAUAAGGCAAUUGUCCAGGAGGCCACGAGGAUGCUGAGGAAUGCUGCUGGCAACUUCUACAUCAACGACAAGUCUACUGGGUCUGUGGUGGGCCAGCAGCCCUUCGGGGGUGCCCGGGCCUCAGGAACCAAUGACAAACCAGGAGGCCCUCACUACAUCCUGCGCUGGACAUCACCCCAGGUCGUCAAGGAAACGCAUCAGCCUCUGGGGGACUGGCGUUACUCCUACAUGCAGUGAGCUCUGUGCCACCCACCUGUCUGUUCAUCCAGACGACUGACAUCUCUGCACUGACCCCUGGCUCCCCACCAGCUCUUCCUGGACUCCUUACAGCUUGAGCUUGACCCUGUCCUGGCCAUUGGGCUGUAUCCUGACCCCUCCUCAUUUGGUGUCAGGUACCCAAGCUUUGGCUUUGGGUCAUACUGGGAAGGAAGAGCCAAAUUCACCCAGAAAUCUCAUCUGCUCCGGAACACCCUAGGGCUUUACGCUCCUCAUCCCAGGCCCGGCGGCUUAGAGAUUCUCAGAACCGAGAGAGACACUCGGGACCCUCUGGGGAAAGGAGACAGCUCUGGUGCCCUGUAGCCUCACCACUCAGACUCCUGAUCUUGGCCUUGACCCUCCCCAUAUCCAGUGAGAUAGGACCUCAGUCCGGCUACAGGGGUCCUGGCUGGCUUUGCCCCUUGGCCUGCUAGAUCCUCCUGCAGGCACUGGUGCCCAGCCAUAUGCCUUAGACCCAUGUGCCUUCCUCUAGGAUGCCCGGGUGUCUCUGAGCCUUCAUCUCUCCUUGCCAUCUGCUGGGAGCGGCCAGUGGUGGUCGUCUGGGAAACCUGGAGGUGGCCCUCCAUUUCCUACUCUUGGUCAGAGUAGCCAGCUCAGUGGCGGCCAGCGUUGACUUCCUACUUGGGUCCUGGAUGAUAAGAGUGUUGUUUUCAGUGGCUUGAGAGUGUGCGGAGUUCCCCUUCAAGGACAUUUGUCAGGGGUCCACAUAGAGCUGGUGUGGCUGUCACCAAGGGCCACCCUAAGGUCACCACUGUCCACACUCAGGGGCAAGCCAGCCCUGAGCUCUGCUUCCUUUCAGGGUCUAUAUUGUCUCCCAGGGAGCAGGGCUGAGCUGCGAGUGUCUCAGCGAUGCUGGUUCUAAAUGGUGAGGGGGGUGGGGCACACCUACUGCCACCCAAGAAAAUGCCCACUACCAAAUGGAGGGAGGUGAGGCGGUGGCUAGCUGCUCUUUCCAAAUCUAAUGUAUUUCCAGUGUCUUGUCAUAUGGUGCAGUUCCAUGCCUUGGUGGAAUGAGGGGGCUCUGAGGCUGGGGAGUCCCUGAUGUCUCUGAAGCCCGAGGAUCAAAUGAGCUAGUCCAUGUGGAUUCCAGACAGCAUUAAGACAAGUAAUCAGAAAUGUCACCUGUUUACCCAUUGUUAUACCAACCAUCACUGUGUCAAUUUUGCUGGGCCAUAGUGUCCAGAGACCUGGUCAACCAUUGUGGAAGUUUCUGUGAAGAUGUCUUUUGGAUGAGAGUAAGACUUAAAUAAGUGGACUUUUACAUUUUUA